AUGAAGCCACGGAUUCUGCUGAUAGUCCUGACAACACUUAUCUGCUCACAUAUGUGCAAUAGUUCAGAGCUGGCCUUCCUGCUGGAGCCCAGCGACGUGAUCGCAGUGCGAGAGCGACCGCUGAUGCUGAGCUGCCAGGUGGAAGGAGAGGGGCCCAUCACGGUCACCUGGCGGAAGAAUGGCGCGCUCGUACACACCGGACCUGGAUCCCGGGUGAAACUGCUGGCCAACGGCACGCUCCUGAUCCGUAGCUUUCAGAAACGACGGGACGGCGACGCCACGGACGCCGGGGAGUACUCCUGCGCGGCUGAGAAUCGCUUCGGCAUGCUGGUCAGCCGCAAGGCGCGCGUCCAGUUGGCAUCCCUGCCUAAGUUUCACACUCAUCCAGAAUCCAUGUCAGUGGAUGAGGGAGGAGUGGCUCGAUUCCAGUGCCAAGUAAAUGGUAUACCAGAGGCCAAUAUCACCUGGGAGAGAGACCGCACUCCUCUGAGUACAUCAGAUGACAGGUACACUUUGCUGCCCAUGGGGAUCCUUCAGAUCACAGGAGUAAGGAGAUUGGAUGCUGGGGUGUACCGCUGUGUCGCAUCUAACACUGCCAACACACGCUACAGUCACGAGGCCCUGCUGAAUGUUACAGGGGGAGCGCCUCGGAUCUAUAAGGAACCUGCGAUACUUUCAGGUCCUCAGAACCUGACCAUCACUGUCCACCAAACAGCCAUCUUAGAGUGCAUAGCCACGGGGAACCCUCGGCCCAUUGUGUCAUGGAGUAGGCUUGAUGGCCGAUCCAUUGGUGUGGAGGGCAUCCAGGUGCUUGGCACAGGAAACCUCAUGAUCUCAGAUGUGUCCCUGCAGCACUCUGGAGUGUACGUGUGUGCUGCCAACCGCCCUGGGACCAGGAUGAGGCGUACAGCACUGGGCAGGCUGGUAGUGCAAGCUCCCCCUGAGUUCCUGCAGUGGCCUCAGUCUGUGUCGAAGCCAGUAGGGGGCAGUGCUGUGUUUACUUGCAUGGCCCAGGGGGUCCCUGAACCUCACCUGAUCUGGCUGAAGAAUGGCAAGAUCCUGACACCUGGGGACAAUGUCAAACUCACAAACAACAACAGCACUCUGGCCAUUACUCGUAUCACGCCUGAGGAUGAGGCUAUUUACCAGUGCAUAGCUGAGAACAGCGCUGGUACCAACCAGGCCAGCGCCCGUUUGGCCGUGUCUUUGGCUAAAGAGCUGCCGGGUUCCCCUCAGGGCCUGAAGGCCACUGCACUGUCCAAAACCACUCUGCAGCUCUCCUGGACCCAGCCACCCGCCAACAUCACCGACGGCAUCAUUGGAUACGUGCUGCACAUCCGCAAGAUUGGCGAGCCUGACAGCAAAGAGUUACAGGAAACAGUCAGUAAAACCACAUUCCAACAUGAUAUCAACAAUCUUGAACCAGCCACCACUUACUCCAUCUACCUGAAAGCCUACUCUCCACUGGGUGCCAGCCAAGAGUCCAACAGUGUUGUCGCUACAACACUAGGGGGCGUGCCCACUCCUCCCAUGUUCUUCACUAAGGUGAUGAACACCACCGCGGUGCAGGUGCUGUGGGAACUGCCCAACAAGCCCGGCAAGGCCGAGGGUUUCAGGCUGUCCUACCGCAGGGUCCCCCACGGAGACUUCCAGGGGCCUCUUCAGAUGCCUUGCCACGUCAAUGCUCACACAGUCGCCAACCUCGAUCCCGGUGCUGUGUAUGAAGUCAAACUGGUGGCCUACAAUGGCAAUGGAGAGAGUGACUGCUCCAAAAGACUGGUGUCACUGGCUGAAGAUGGUACAAGUGCCAAAACUAGUGCGGGGGAGGAGACCCAGUGUAACUGUAAGGACAGUGAAGCCUCGCUGGGUGGCAUUGUGAUUGGCAUCCACAUUGGCAUGGCCUGCAUCAUCUUCUGUGUGCUGUUCCUCAUGUUUGGAUACCGCCGCAGUUUCUUCUGCAGAAAGGGGACUCAGGACAGCUGGUCAGUGCCCAGGGGGGAGGACAGAGGACACCACGAUCAAAGCAAUGGCAUACCCAAAGAGAGGGUGAUGCACCCACCCCAAGCCAUUGAGUUGAUGCCUCAGGUAUGCACACAAAACACAUCGCAGUGCCACGUUCUCAUAGAGCAGCACCCAUGCUCUCUGCCUGGCACGGGUACUGGCACUGGCACUGGCUAG